AAUUGGUUCCCUGACUUACAUAGGACCGAGAACCAACUGACUUGAGUGCAUAUAAAAAACAUUACUUUGUAAAUAUUACUUAUAUUUAAUUACAAAGAUCAAUUUUCGUCAGUAUGGCUGACGGAGAAGAUGAUAAAUUUCUUGAAUUCCACGAAAUGGGACUCGAUGAUCGAUUGUUAAAGGCCAUUUCCAAACUAGGCUGGUCAAGUCCUACUCCAAUCCAGGAACGUGCAAUUCCAUUAGCUCUUGAAGGCAAAGAUGUUUUGGCUCAGGCUCGUACUGGCUCUGGCAAAACAGGAGCAUUUGUUAUUCCAGUCAUACAGAAAAUACUAGCCUCAAAACAGACAGCCAAAGAACAGUGUGUAAAAGCAAUAAUAUUGACACCAACUAAGGAAUUGUCCAGUCAGGCUUAUAAAAAUAUACAGGAACUGACCUCAUGCUGUUCUAGAGAAGUAAAAUGUGUAGAUAUCUCCCCUCAAGUACCAUUACCAACACAGAGGCCAAUGUUGUCAGAAAAACCAGAUAUCGUGGUCUGCACUCCAAGUCGUCUGCUGGCUCACAUUGAGGCGGGAAAUUUGAAUGUAAAACAGUCCUUGGAGAUGAUUGUUAUAGAUGAAGCGGAUCUUGUCUUUUCUUUUGGAUAUGAGGACAAUGUUAAAGCCAUUCUUGGACACAUGCCAAAGAUCUACCAGGCAUUUCUUAUGUCUGCUACACUAGGGGAAGAUGUGAAAGCCUUGAAAAAAAUGGUUCUACAUAAUGCUGUGAUAUUAAAAUUAAACGAGUCGCAGUUGCCAGAGACCUCACAGCUGACACAGUAUCAUAUCAAAUGUAAUGAAGAAGAUAAAUUUGCCCUUAUUUACGCGUUACUCAAGUUACGUCUGGUACGAGGAAAAACAAUUCUGUUUGUAAACAACGUUGACAGAUGUUACAAGUUACGUCUUUUUCUUGAGCAGUUUGGGAUUCCAGCCUGUGUACUAAAUUCUGAAUUCCAGUGAACUCAGCGGUGUCAUAUAGUGAGCCAGUUCAAUGACGGAAUGUAUGACUACAUUAUUGCCAGUGAUGAAAACUUACUGGUCAACCCUCAAGUCAAAUCGGAGGAUGCAUCAAAACAGAAAAAACAAAGGAAAAAGGAUAAAGAGUUUGGUGUAUCUCGUGGCUUAGAUUUCCAGAAUGUCUCAAAUGUGAUUAAUUUUGAUUUCCCUAUCACAGUUGGAGCAUAUAUUCAUAGAGUUGGCAGGACAGCAAGGGGAGACAACAAAGGUACAGCAUUAUCAUUCGUGUCAGUAAAUGAGAUGUCAUUGUUGGAGAAUGUAGAGAAGGAAUUGUCAGGAACAGCAGAGCAUGAAGGCACAGUGUUCAAACCAUACCAGUUCAGGAUGGAGGAAAUAGAAGGAUUCAAAUACAGGGCAAAGGAUGCUAUGCAAGCAGUAACAAGGGUCGCUGUUAGAGAAGCCAGGCUGAAGGAGAUCAAACAAGAGAUGUUAAACUCACAAAAACUGAAGUCCCAUUUUGAAGACAAUCCUAGAGAUCUUCAGCUCCUUAGACAUGACAAAAAUCUACAUACCGUAAAAUCUCACCAGCAUAUGAAACAUGUUCCAGAAUAUCUAAUUCCCCAAACAUUACAGAAAUUGAGCGGGAAAGGUAAAAGAACGAGACAGAGGAAUACGAAGCGUACUGGGCCAACUCGGGCACAAAUAAAAUACAAGAAGCGAAAAGCUGACCCAUUGAAGAGCUUUCAGUUUGAAGGACUAAGUGGAAAGAAAAAGAAGAAAAAAGAUAACAAAUAAAAAUGUCUAAUGGUGCAAAUGACAUUGUGUUAAUGAAUUAUAUGAAGGAAAAAAAAAGGUUGAAGGUUGAUAAAAUGAAAUCUGUUCAUUGCACUGUCAUAGGUUUCAUUAGGUCAGAAGUACCUUGAUACUAAAAAUAAUGCCAGCAAGAGCUCCAGGACACUUAUACAUCAAGUUAAUGCAACAAUGCUCUGACCUCUAUAUUAGAAAAAAAGCUGUUGAAGUAGACCGUACUCCCUGUUUCUUUAGAGAAGUUAUACCAUUGGAGUAGUGCAACUUCUUCAGACCUGCUACGCCCCUGUAAUAGUGAACAGAACAUGUUUAUUGCAGCAAAUCAUAAACUUUGAUGAUGAUUAAAUAUAAAUGAAAUAUAUUUAAAUAUAAAUGAAAUAUAUAUAUAUGGAGAUUAGUACACAUACUGCCAUGGUUGUUUUAUAUGAAUUUUAUGAGAAAGGACAGGCAAAUAAACAGGCAAUUUAUUGUAAUUUGUUAACUUUAGAAGGGCCAUAGUAUCUUAGUAGGCAUACUGUAUGCUCAUAGGAUACAAGACUAUUAAUCAUGAAGUCUCAAGUUCAGUCUCCAUGCAAGGCAAAUUUUUCGGUGGCAGUUUAUCUGAGAUCUGUGUUACGCAUGGCAGUUUGACUGUCUAAGAUCUCUGUUUUGCAUAGCAAUUUCACCAGACAAAAUUAAAUGCUCCAAUGCUGUUGCAUGUAGAAAAACUCUUGGCCACUACCCUUUCAUGUAGGAAUUCUGUUGACUACCACUGUUCCAUGUAGGAAAGCUGUUAGCUAUCACUGUUUCAUGUAGACAAGCUGUUGAUCACUGCUGUUUCAUAUAGGGAAGCUGUGGGCUACUUUAUAAAGUUCAUAAAGCCACCAGUUAUGCAUGUAUGCAUUAUUCUAAUAACAGAAUUUCAGUGAAAUGAAAGAAAAAAUUGAAAUUCUACCUAUGUGACUGUGUCCCUGUUCAUUGGGAAGAAAAGAUAUAAAUUCAUGUACAGAAUUUCAUAAUGCUAAUAAUCAUAAAAAGAAAUGAAGGAUAUCUUUUACCUUUUAGUACUGUACAGACUAGUACAUAGUAAAUUCCAAAUGUUAUAUAUAUGUCAAACUGUGUACUUUGUCAUCCAAAGAAAUGCAAUAUAUCUUGACUGCUUGUUAUGUUUUGACAGGUUUCACAGUAAGAUUAUAUUUCCGAGAACUGCAAUUUUGUCUAUAAUGACUUCACAGGCUUGCAACAGUUUGAACUAUAUAAAUCAGAUUUUUUUUCUGAACGGAAUUUAAUUUCAUAAAAUCGUAUGAAGUAUCAUUAUACUGUCUGUCCUUGUGGGGUUUUUUUUAUAUCAACCACAGACAAGCCUUGUCUAGUGCAAAAAGUGACAAACUCUCCCAUAUAUUCUACUUAUUGUUGCUAUGGGAUUAUGUCUAUAUGGACAAACUUGUAUUCUAACAUGAUCUGAUUCAUUUUCCUAUUAAACAAAGAAGGCUGAAAACAGUGAAUUAUUAUACAACAGUUCACUGUUCUGACGUCACAAUUAUUAUGUCAUAGCGUCAAACGGCAUAGCGGCACUCUGGAAAAGAAACCAGUUGAAAACGGGCAAAUAUUUAAUGAAUGCCGUCAAGGAUGUACUUUAAAGUACUUGGUAACGUGUUAGAAUCGAAAUAAUAUAUCUCUUAGUGAUUUGUCACUGAAUAAAAUCAUUGUUUGUCGUUCAGAUGCAUAUUAUUUUAUCACUCGGGCUGCGCCCUCGUGAUAUAAUUCCUUCACAUCUGAACUCCAAACAAUGAUUUAUUCAGCGACAAAUCACAAAAUGAGAUGUAUUAUUUCUUAAUUAAUUCGAGGCAAGUGGCUGUUUAGGACAAGUUGAAAAUGGAACAAAAAUCAAUUUGGUAAUUUAGCAUAGUAAUCUUGUGUAAUAUGUACAGUUUCAGUUUUUAAUGCAGCCCAGUUUUCUCAUGCAUGUAAAAGAUAUUUCAUAUAUAUAUUUUUUUGAUGAUUUGUAACUUGGAGUCAUUUUGAAAGAUAUUUGAGCCGUGCCAUGAGAAAACCAACAUAGUGGGUUUGCGACCAGCAUGGACCCAGACCAGCCUGCGCAUCUGCGCAGUCUGGUCAGGCUCCAUGCUGUUCGCUUUUAAAGCCUAUUGGAAUUGGAGAAUCUGUUAGCGAACAGGAUGGAUCCUGACCAGACUGCGCGGAUGCGCAGGCUGGUCUGGAUCCAUGCUGGUCGCACACCCACUAUGUUGGUUUUCCCAUGGCAUGGCUCAUUUAGCUUUAAUAUUUGGACUUUUUCACACAUGAGAACUUUUUGCCACUGUUUCAUGGCCAUUUUUCGGCAUCAUGAAAGUUUUGUAUGUAAACAGAUUUCUACAAGACUGCUAGUCCUUAAUGGUUUUAAACUUCACACACGUUUUCAGCAAUAUGAGAUGACCUCACAGAGCAAGUUAAACAGCUCAAUCUUUCCCCUGCUUUUCAACUUAGUUUAGAUAAAAUAUAUACACAAAAGCAGAUUCCUCAUUUACUACUUGAACAAAUGUAUUCAAAGUCUAUACACAUCUUUGGCAGCAUGAGUUGACCUCACUUAGUUGGCUUUAUAUCAACAGCAUACAUUUUGGCAAAGUUACGCCUUUUUUUCACUUAGAAAUUUUGAUGAAAGUUUUGUGUGCAAGCAGAAACUUUUGUACUGAAUGCUUUAAAUCUCCUCAUAUGUCUUUUACAUCAUGAAUGACUAUUCUGUGCCAGGUUCAGUAUUUUUAUGCCCCCCUUUGAAGAAGGAGGGGUAUAUUGUUUUGCAGAUGUCGGUUGGUCGGUUAGUCUGUAUGUAGACCAAUCCGUUUCUGGAUGAUAACUCAAGAACGCUUGGGCCUAGAAUCAUGAAAGUUGAUAGGAAGGUUGGUCAUCACCAGCAGAUGACCCCUAUUGAUUUUGAGAUCUGUAUGUCAAAGAUCAAGGUCACAGUUACGCUGAACAUUUAAACGGUUUCCUGAUGAUAACUCAAGAAUGCUUGGGCCUAGGAUCAUGAAAGUUGAUAGUGAGGUUGGUCAUGACCAGUAGAUGACCCCUAUUGAUUUUGAGGUCAGUAUGUCAAAAAUCAAGGUCACAGUGACCCAGAACAGUUAAAAGUUUCCGGAUGAUAACUCAAGAUAGUUGAUUGAUAGGAAGGUUGGUCAUUACCAGCAGAUGAUCCCUAUUGAUUUUGAAAUCAGUAGGUCAAGGUCACAGUAACCAGGAACAGUAAAACGGUUUCUGAGCAAUAACUCAAGAACACUUGGGCCUAGGAUCAGGAAAAUUGAUAGGGAGAUUGGUCAUGACUAGCAGAUGACCCCUAUUGAUUUUGAGGUCAUUAGGUCAAAGUUCAAGGUCACAUUGACCAGGAAUAGUUAAACGGUUUCUGGACGGUAACUUGAGAACGCUUGGGCCAAGGGUCAUGAAAGAUGAUAGAGAGGCUCAUCAUGACCAGCAGAUGACCUCUGUUGAGGUCAGUAGGUCAAAGGUCAAGGUUUCAGUGACCCGGAACAUUUAAACUGUUUCCAAACAAUUACUUGAGAACACUUGGGCCUAGGAUCAUGAAAGUUGAUAGGGAGGUUGGUCAUGACCAGUAGAUGACCGCUAUAGAUUUUUAGGUCAGUAGGCCAAAGGUCAAGGUCACAUUGACCCGGAACAGUUAAACCCUUUCAGGGCGAUACCUUGAGAAUACUUGGGCCUAGGAUCACGAAACUUAAUAGGGAGGUUGAUCAUGACCAGCAGAUGACCCCUGUUGAUUUUUAGGUCAAUAGGUCAAAGGUGAAGGUCACAUUGAACCAGAACAAUAGAACUUUUGUUUACAGUGAGCAAAUAAUUGCUGUUCCUUGUGCAAUUACUGAAUGUAUCAAGGGGGGCAUUUCGUGUUCGACGAGCUCUUGUUUACUUACAGUUUAGAAAGUUACUCACUCUUUCAAAUUUUGCUAAAGGUUUUGCUGUUGUUAAACAGCUCUAGUUUGCUUAGCUGAUGGCCUAAUAACAGAAAAGAAACCAAAAUGUUUUACCGAACUAUUUGUCCCCCAUAUCAGUUGAAACUUAGUAUCUUGAUUUCCAAGGGAUCGAGUAUUUUACUUCGAGAUAACUAAAACUUGACUUAAAAUUACAUUUUGUGCAUGUUCGAGACUGUACUUGAAAAUAACUGCGAAAUAGUUGAAAUUUUGAGAUUAAUGAGUUUGAUAUAUCAAGUUUCAACUGUAGUUUGUGUAGAUAAUAGAACCUUUGUUUAACUGCAAGACUUUGGACUAUUCUGUCGUCCUAAUGAACUACAAAGACAAUCUCCAUUGCCUACUUUGUGGACUGGGCAGAAAUUGAACUAGUUUCACAGCUUACAAAAUUAUAGUGUUUCUUACAAGACUGGUAGAAUACUUAAAAUAUUUAAACCCUGUGCUGUUAUUUAGGGGUCACAAGGGGUGAGAAUCCCUAUUUUUAGCUGAUUUCCUCUCUUUUAUCGAAGAUUUUUUACCACAGUAAAUUUGCACACCUAUAGCUCUUAAAGCUUUGACUUUUACAAUACAUGUUCUGAAAAAAAAAAACACAAACAUUAAAUCAAAUUAUUAGAAUUGAAACUGAUUACUAUGUUCCGGAUAGUUGAUAUUUCAUUUUCACAGAUAAGUAUGUACAAGUUGUUCCAUUAUGCUGAAUCAGUAGUAACUGAGACAUGUGUCAGUAAGGUUUCAUGUAUUGAAGUCUAGAGUAAAUGGAAAGGGAUUGGUA